CUUCUCCACCUUAUAAAUCCCAUGCGUGUGCUUAGCCCAGCCACGAAGAAAACGACGGAGAUGACGAAUCUUGGAUUGCCAUCUGUCGAUAGGUGUCCUACCUCCCGAGUCCAUAGCCCACUCUCUAGCUAACAACUCGAGGAACCCUUCUCUUUCAAACCAGGCAAGUUCAAACGAGAAAAAGUUCUUGUUACCCACGAAAUUUUGAACUCCGGAAUCGACUAAUAGCGGUGUAUAAUCCGAGACACCUCGAGUCAAAGCCUGCACCGUUACCAGGGGAAACUUCUGUUCCCACUCGACACUAGCUAGCACACGGUCAAGUUUCUCAAAGGUCGGGCCAUGGCGGAGUUCAAGCACCUUUGCAUGGCCAAGUUCAAGGAAGGCGUCGUGGUGGAGGACAUCAUCCAGGAGCUCACCAAGCUCGCCGCGGAGCUCGACACCGUCAAAUACUUCGGCUGGGGCAAGGACGUGCUGAACCAAGAGGCGCUCACGCAGGGCUUCACCCACGUCUUCGUGAUGACCUUCGCCAGCGCCGAGGACCUGGCGGCGUGCAUGGGCCAUGAGAAGCACUCUGCGUUCGCCGCCACCUUCAUGGCCGCGCUCGACAAGGUCGUCGUCAUGGACUUCCCCUUGGUCUUCGUCAAGCCGGCGCCGCCGCCUGCCUGAUCCGCCUCCAGUACCCUCGACCAACAGCUAUCACCAAGCAUAGGUGUGCCAACUAUCUAUCUGCUGCAGCUCAGCUCUGGUGCAGUGUAGGAGUACCUGAGCCUCCUUUCUCUGCUUCAGUGUUUAGCUGGUGCAGCUGCCAGUGAGACUGUAAUGCCGCGUGUUCCGUUGAAAAGUUGUUUGGUUAUCCACCCUUGAAUA